ACUCGCACCGCGGCGGGAGCGCCGGGAGCCGGGCGGCCGCGUCGUCACUCGGGCGGGAGAGGCGGCGGCGGCGGCCGGGCCGGGGCUGGGGCAGCGGCGGCCGCGCCGGGCAUGGAGCUGGCAAGCCCGCGCUGAGGCAGGGCGCUCCUGCUAGCAGCCAGCGAGAGGCUCUCCGCCGUCCGGCGCGCGGGCUCCCCGGCCGGGGCCGGGCAAACUUUUCUUUCUCUUUUGCCCUCUCCUGAGGCGCCUUCUGCGGCGGGCGGACCGACUCCUCGGCGCGGCGGGGCCGGGGCAGGCUGGACGCAGCAUGAUGCGCGCAGUGUGGGAGGCGCUGGCGGCGCUGGCGGCGGUGGCGUGCCUGGUGGGCGCGGUGCGCGGCGGGCCCGGGCUCAGCAUGUUCGCCGGCCAGGCGGCGCAGCCCGACCCCUGCUCGGACGAGAACGGCCACCCGCGCCGCUGCAUCCCGGACUUUGUCAACGCGGCCUUCGGCAAGGACGUGCGCGUGUCCAGCACCUGCGGCCGGCCCGCCGGGCGCUACUGCGUGGUGAGCGAGCGCGGCGAGGAGCGGCUGCGCUCCUGCCACCUCUGCAACGCGUCGGACCCCAAGAAGGCGCACCCGCCCGCCUUCCUCACGGAUCUGAACAACCCGCACAACCUGACGUGCUGGCAGUCCGAGAACUACCUGCAGUUCCCGCACAACGUCACGCUCACGCUGUCGCUCGGCAAGAAGUUCGAGGUGACCUAUGUGAGCCUGCAGUUCUGCUCGCCACGGCCCGAGUCCAUGGCCAUCUACAAGUCCAUGGACUACGGGCGCACGUGGGUGCCCUUCCAGUUCUACUCCACUCAGUGCCGCAAGAUGUACAACCGGCCGCACCGUGCGCCCAUCACCAAGCAGAACGAGCAGGAGGCCGUGUGCACCGACUCGCACACCGACAUGCGCCCACUCUCGGGCGGCCUCAUCGCCUUCAGCACGCUGGACGGGCGGCCCUCGGCGCACGACUUCGACAACUCGCCCGUGCUGCAAGACUGGGUCACGGCCACCGACAUCCGCGUGGCCUUCAGCCGCCUGCACACGUUCGGCGACGAGAACGAGGACGACUCAGAGCUGGCGCGCGACUCGUACUUCUACGCCGUGUCCGACCUGCAGGUGGGCGGCCGCUGCAAGUGCAAUGGCCACGCGGCCCGCUGCGUGCGCGACCGCGACGACAGCUUGGUGUGCGACUGCAGGCACAACACGGCCGGCCCGGAGUGCGACCGCUGCAAGCCCUUCCACUACGACCGGCCCUGGCAGCGCGCCACAGCCCGCGAGGCCAACGAGUGCGUGGCCUGUAACUGCAACCUUCACGCCCGGCGCUGCCGCUUCAACAUGGAGCUUUACAAGCUGUCGGGGCGCAAGAGCGGAGGCGUCUGCCUCAACUGUCGCCACAACACGGCUGGCCGCCACUGCCACUACUGCAAGGAGGGCUACUACCGCGACCUGGGCAAGCCCAUCACCCACCGCAAGGCCUGCAAAGCCUGCGAUUGCCACCCUGUGGGCGCUGCUGGCAAAACCUGCAACCAGACCACGGGCCAGUGUCCCUGCAAGGAUGGUGUGACCGGCAUCACCUGCAACCGCUGUGCCAAGGGCUACCAACAGAGCCGCUCCCCCAUCGCCCCCUGCAUAAAGAUCCCCGUGGCACCACCGACCACUGCAGCCAGCAGCGUGGAGGAGCCCGAAGACUGUGAUUCCUACUGCAAGGCCUCUAAAGGGAAGCUGAAGAUUAACAUGAAAAAAUACUGCAAGAAGGACUACGCCGUCCAGAUCCACAUCCUGAAGGCAGACAAGGCAGGGGACUGGUGGAAGUUUACGGUGAACAUCAUCUCCGUGUACAAGCAGGGCACCAGCCGCAUCCGCCGCGGUGACCAGAACCUGUGGAUCCGCUCGCGGGACAUCGCCUGCAAGUGCCCCAAAAUCAAGCCCCUCAAGAAGUACCUACUGCUGGGCAACGCGGAGGACUCGCCCGACCAGAGCGGCAUCGUGGCGGACAAGAGCAGCCUGGUGAUCCAGUGGCGGGACACGUGGGCGCGGCGGCUGCGCAAGUUCCAGCAGCGCGAGAAGAAGGGCAAGUGCAAGAAGGCCUAGCGCGGGGUGGGGGGCAGCGGCGCGCCGGGCGGGCUGGGCGCCGGGGUCGGCGAGCGGGAGCGGGCGACCCGCCACCGCGGCGGCGUGGACUUGGCCCGAGAGGGCUU